AUGGCGAGGCACCUGGAGCUGCUGGCCCCCUGCCGCACGCUGUACGUCCUGUGCGCCGGGAGCGGCAUCUACUGCUUCGCGCUGGACACGCCGGGCAGGUCAGCGAGCCAGGCUGAUGACGGCAGCAGCAAGGGUGACAGCCAGUGCCCGAACCAGGCCGCGGAGUGUCACAGCCAGGUCGAUGAGGAUCCGUGUGAGACUGAAGAGGGUCACGUGGAGUCUGGGGAGCCGCCUUUCGACGUGGUUUCUGUGGGCCCAGAUGCCUGCGUCCUGCCUGAUCCCUCGCUCUGCGCUUUCACCCUGCUCGGUGACCUGCUGGUGACGGUGUCCCAGGGCCCAGGUACCUGGAAAGUGCGGCUGUUCAAGCAUCUCUGUCCAGGCCCAGGCACCGAGCCAGGAGCCCAGGUCGGCGAGGUGGUGGUCCCCGCAGAGCCCCCCCAAGCCCCCAGUUUCCUUCCAGUGCUGUGCUGUGUAUCACCACCCUGCUCCAGGGAUCCUCACGGCUGCCUCCCGGGCCCUGAGGGCUCCAUACUUCAGGAAGCCCUCUUCGGCCUGCUCUUCGGGGCAGAUGCUGCCCUACUGGAGUCUCCUGUUGUCCUCUGUGGCUUCCCAGAUGGCCAGCUCUGCUUUGUGGUCCUUAAGACCCUGGUCACCUCGCAGACAGCCCCAGGGGACCCAAAAGUCCUGGUCAAGGUCCUCCACCACCUGGAAGAACCCAUCGUCUUCAUAGGGGCCCUGAGGAAAGGGCCACAGCCCCAGGAGGGUGAGGACACACCUGCUGACUGCUUGGUAGCCCUCGGCCACCAUGGCCGGACAUUGGCCAUCAAGGCUGGCCGAGACGAAGCAGAGACCCUGGUGCCAGAGAUGCAGGUAUACCGCCUCCCAGGACCCGUGCUCUGCGCCACUUGCAACAGGGGCAGCCUCGUCUACUACAGCACCCCCUCAAGGCUCCACGUGUUGAACCUGUCCUCCGGGGAGUCCAUGCAUCCCGGCCUACCCCCACUGCUGUGUCAGAACAGCGUGCGUGUCUGCAAGAUCGUUGCCCUCUCAUCACCCAGGGACCCUGAAGACAGCACCAAGCUCCUGGCCCUCUCUGCUGGAGGCCGCCUCAUGACCUGCCACGUGGCUCUGGAGCCCGCCAGGAUGACAGCACGCCAGGCCACCUCGAAGAUCCAGAACCUGCUCUCAGACAUAAGCAGUGUUUCUGAGAGGGUACACUCUCUGAAGAAGGCAAUCGAGCAGCAGAACCAGGCCCUAACCCACCUGCACCAGGCCCUGGACCUGAGCUGUGCCCUGCUCUCCUGCCAGAGCAGCCCCAAGCCCAUCGUUUGCACCACCCGGCCCUUCUGGAGAGCCCAGGGCCUGCACCAGGAGCUGGUGGCCACCUGCCGGCUGGAGAACGGAGGCCCAUGCAGCCUCGGCCCUGGCUGGUCCUGGUGCAUCCAGGUGCUCCCCAGCUCCCAUGAUGGUGCCACCACCUACACGGUCCCCGUGCAGCAGCUGGCCCCUGGUGCCUGCUUCGAGGUUACGCUGGCCCUGUGCUCCGGCGAGGAUGAGGGCAGCAUCCCCGAUCUCCCUGUGACUGUCUCCCACAUGCUUUUCUACAGCCUCCAGGAGGUCGUGGGGGUGCUGCUGGCCCCCGUGGACACUGAAGAGGACCCCCUGGGAGUGGCAUGGCCCCAAGACCUGCUGCCCCCACAAGAUGGUGCCUGCCUGCCCCUGGGCUUGCACACCGUGGACCUGCUUCAGGGCCUCCGUUUCUCCAGCCUGGCCACGCCUUGCCUGCCGCCCACUAGCCCCAUAGAUAUCUUCCUGGCAAACUGCCAAGAGCAGGGCAGUCGCCCCGGGGGCCGGGCUGCCCUCCAGGCCCCAUCCAUGGUGUCCAUCCGGGUGUCAUCAGAGCUGCUGAGGGCCACCCUGGGAGACAGGGCUACAGGUGGGUCCCUGUGCUGCAGCACCCUGCAGUGGUUGCUGACCGAGAACACGGCCCUGGACAUCGUGAGGGCUGGAGCGCUGUCAUCUGUGCAGGGAGUGGCCCCCGACGGCACCAGCGUCCGCCUCACAGCCCAGGAGGUGUUGGUGGUGGACCUGGGCUCUGAGGACCCCAUCCCAGCUGUGGAGAUCCAGGUGGAGAGUCCCUCCCUCGCCACCGUGUGCCAAGCCCACCAUGCCAUGAUCACCCGCAUCCAGACAAUCGUCACGGAGCAGGCGACCCCGGGUGCUAGCCUGCCCAACCUGCGAGUACAACGCCUGCGCCAGAUCCAGGCCAACCACGAGGCCCUGCUUUGGGAGGUCCAGGCCUUACAGGACAAGCUGGCACUGCAGAGCUCAGCUGACACGCAGGCCACUGCCACUGAGCAGCUCCUGCAGCUGUACCGGCGGCUGCGGAACCCCAGCCUCACUCUGCUCUGACGGUUGUGCCCUCGCCCAGCUCACCAGCCGCUUAUCCAGCAGCUGCCCGGGGCACCUCAGGGAGCCCACCACUGCCAGUGCCCCAGAGAAGACGCCUUCUCGCUUCC